CAUACCCCAAGACACACUCAUUAAGAAGGAAAUCCAGUUCGCCAGAGAUAGAUUUAGAAAUCAUACUUGUAAUUCAGAAUUGUAAAUUGUUUUGUGAUAGACUUUGUUCGCCAUGCACAGACUAUUUGGUAAAAAACAGGCCCAAGGGAAUGCCCCGUCAUUGACAGAUGCAAUCGAGUCGUUGGACAAGCGAAGUGAUUCACUCGAAGUGAAAAUUUCAAAGUUAGAUUCUCAAUUAUCUGUAUUCCAACAGAAGUUAUCAAACACACGGCCCGGCCCAGGACAAACUACCAUAAAGCAACGGGCUAUGAAUAUAUUACGGCAAAAGAAAAUGUACGAGGCCCAAUUGCAGCAAUUGCAACAACAAUCUUUUAAUAUGGAACAAGCUGCCAUGACUACGGAGUCCAUGAAGAAUACCAUGACUACUGUCCAGACGAUGCAGGAUACUGCACGACAGAUGAAAUCACAAAGCAAAAACAUCUCCAUAGAGAAAAUUGAAAGAUUACAAGAUCAAAUCCAAGAUUAUAUGGAUACGGCAGGUGAAUUUAAUGAAAUUCUUGGGCAAAACACGGCAAACGUGGAUGUUGAUGAAGAAGAACUGGAUGCAGAAUUAGAAGCUUUACAACAAGAAGCCUCCUUUGGAGGAGACCAAUUAGCCCAAGAACAGCCUAGUUAUUUGCAGCCAUCGAAUGAGCUUCCCAAUUUCGUUGACGAAGAACAAUUAGAAGCUGCAAAUACUGCUCAGUGAAAAGUAAUGGAACUGUUAAUGAUAUUCUACGUCUUCAUUUUAUCACAAGUUUAAUACCUUACAAUACAAAAAUGAAUUUCUAAACGUUGUAAAAAGACAG